AUGGAGAAGGGCGGCGUGCGGCAGCGGCGUACACAAGUACGCGGUGCGGGGGCCCUAGAGGCACCCUGCCUGCGACCGGCUUCACCUACAUCGAGCCCUGCGGAACCACCAGAUCCCUGCGCUCAGUGGACCACCACUACCGAAACGGCGGCCCCGCGAACUGCCACGUCGACUUGUAUCAGCACUAGUGACGCGACAACCAGCGACUGUUAUAGUGCACCUCCGAUCUAA